ACCUCAGUCCACGUCUGGUACCUUGUUUAAACCAAACGCCUUUACAGGCAGGUACAUUCUACUCGUCAUUUUACGUUUUAUAAUUGAUAUUGGCGAACUAUAACUGUGAUUUAAGCGCUGCUUCUGAUAGAUAUAGAACGUAAACUUACAUUGUGGAUAUACCACGUAUAAUUUAUUGUGUCACGUCGUCUAAUCUUGUAAAUACGAGGUUAUCAAUUAGAAUAUGACAAAAAAAAAAUAAGUAAUCAAAAACAAUGUUGCUGUGUGUGUGUGUGUAAAUACCUUGAUAUAUUUAUUUAAAUAAAAUCUAGAACUGGCUUUUCUUAUCGCUUCAUUAAACCGAAUUCUCGAGGACAGAAAUCGAGUUGUUUAGUUUGGAUAAGGUAAUUAGCAAACUAAGAUGGUGUUUCGAACCAAACGGAUUUAUUCGGUUGUUUUUGCGGUAUUCGUUUUUGUUAACGACGCGGCUGCCGUGGCUGAAGAAGAAAUUAGUUACUACGAAAAUCUGAUAAACGAGGAAUUGGAAAAGGCAGAGAAGUUUGAGUUACCAACAAACGCCAAUAUCCACCGGCCGUUGGACGAUACUAUAAGAGAUUUUGGUACUUUCGAUUUCGUUGUAAUAGGAGCCGGUUCCACCGGUUCGGUUAUAGCUAGUAGAUUAUCGGAAAUAGCCGAAUGGAGAAUAUUACUUUUAGAAGCCGGGGGUUACCCCAACAAUUUCACAAUGAUCCCAGCUAUGUUCGCAAUACAAGCUUUAACCAACUACAAUUGGGGUUUCUUGAGUACGCCACAAAAAACAGCUUGUUUGGGCACGGUGAAGAAGCAAUGCAGAGGCUUAUCGGGAAAAGGACUCGGAGGAACCUCCUUAAUAAACGAACUGGUUUACGCCCGCGGAAACAAAAAAGAUUUCAACCAUUGGUCUCGAUUACUUCAAGACGAUACCUGGGAUUACGAAAACAUCCUCGAUAUAUUCAAAUACUCCGAGGAUUUCCACAAAACGAAUCCGGACGCAAUAGUAGAUUGGAAUUACCACGGAGAAGGCGGUUUACUCUAUACCAACCACCACGUACCCCCUUCGAACUAUACGAAAUUAUUCCUCGAAGCUAACCAGGAAUUGGGCGUCGAUAUCACCGAUUACAACGGUAAGGAUCAGGAGGGCGCCACGAUUUUACAAAUACACACGAAAAACGGGAGGAGAUUCGAUCAAGCGACGGCGUUUCUGAAACCCGCGGCUACUAGACGAAAUCUAUCGGUAUCGUUGCACAGCUACGUAACCAAAAUAGAAAUUAGCGACGACGCUAGACGCGCCACCGGAGUAAUUUUUACCAAAAAUAAGAAAAAAUACAGAGUAACGGCCAAAAAUGAAAUCGUAUUAUCCGCCGGAGUGUUUUCGUCGCCGCAAAUAUUGAUGCUUUCGGGCAUAGGACCCGAAAACCACCUCAACAAUUUAGGUAUACCGCCGGUACAAAAUUUACAAGUCGGCGGUAAACUACGGGAAACCGUUUAUUGCGGAAUACCAUUCUCCUCGAAUUAUACGCCUCCGAUUAAAGAUCUCCGAGAAAAAAUCGAAGAUUACCUGAAUGGCGUUGGGGAUUUGACGGCCGCUAAUCGUAUUGACGGUUUAGGUUUCUACGACACUCGGAAAACUCGUUAUCCCGAUAUAGAAAUAGUUAUAUCGUCGUCUAAUCAAUCCUCGAUCGGACAAAGGUUUCAAAAUGUGGACAACGAUACUUGGAACGCUCUUUAUAACAAAACUAUAGUCGGUCCUUUGACUUUUACCGUCCUCUUGUUGCGUAGUCGUUCGACGGGUACGUUAAGAUUGAAAAGCGACAGUCCUUACGAAUAUCCUUCGAUCGAUUUCAAUUUGUUGAGCGAUCCCGAUGGCAAAGAUAUAGAUACCGUAUUUGAAGGUAUCCAAAUGGUUCUGAAUCUCACUAAAACCGAAGCUUUUCGUCGGAUUUCUACGAAAUUGGAGGUCGAACAGAUACCGGGUUGUUCUAACCACGAAUUCCUCGGCAAAGAUUUUUGGUAUUGUUAUAUAAGGCAUUUGGGUUUGGCCGCUUAUCACCCUGUCGGUACUUGCCCCAUGGGGAGGGAUCCCCGCGAAGGCGCUGUGGUGGAUUCCAAUUUUAAAGUGUUCGGGGUGGAGGGAUUGAGGGUGGCUGAUGCUAGUGUGUUUCCCUUAAUUCCCGCCGGCCAUCCUAACGCCGUUUGUACAUUGGUAGGAGAAAUUAUUUCAGAGUUAUUGAAGAAAGAUCACUUGUGAGGUUUUAUAGUUUUUUAUUUUCGUUGUUAAUCGGUUUUCGACCUAUCGAUAUUUAGUAUUACCACCCCUGGACCUAAUAACAAUCCAAUUUCUGUACUCCAUCUUCGGUCACCCCCUGUAGGCUGACAGACAUCUUGUUCACCGUUAACCUCACCGCUGAAAUCAUCCAAAAACUUACCACCCCUGGACCUAAUAACAAUCCAAUUUCUGUACUCCAUCUUCGGUCACCCCCUGUAUGUUGACAGACAUCUUGUUCACCGUUAACCUCACCGCUUAAAUCAUCCAAAAACUUACCACCCCUGGACCUAAUAACAAUCCAAUUUCUGUACUCCAUCUUCGGUCACCCCCUGUAGGUUGACAAACAUCUUGUUCACCGUUAACCUCACCGCUGAAAUCAUCCAAAAACUUACCACCCCUGGACCUAAUAACAAUCCAAUUUCUGUACUCCAUCUUCGGUCAUCCCCUGUAGGUUGACAGACAUCUUGUUCACCGUUAACCUCACCGCUGAAAUCAUCCAAAAACUUACCACCCCUGGACCUAAUAACAAUCCAAUUUCUGUACUCCAUCUUCGGUCACCCCCUGUAGGUUGACAGACAUCUUGUUCACCGUUAACCUCACCGCUGAAAUCAUCCAAAAACUUACCACCCCUGGACCUAAUAACAAUCCAAUUUCUGUACUCCAUCUUCGGUCACCCCCUGUAGGUUGACAGACAUCUUGUUCACCGUUAACCUCACCGCUGAAAUCAUCCAAAAACUUACCACCCCUGGACCUAAUAACAAUCCAAUUUCUGUACUCCAUCUUCGGUCAUCCCCUGUAGGUUGACAGACAUCUUGUUCACCGUUAACCUCACCGCUUAAAUCAUCCAAAAACUUACCACCCCUGGACCUAAUAACAAUCCAAUUUCUGUACUCCAUCUUCGGUCACUCCCUGUAGGUUGACAGAAAUCUUGUUCACCGUUAACCACACCGCUGAAAUCAUCCAAAAACCUCCUCCGAAAGCCACAAAUCUUUCUCCGGGACUUCUGUAGGUCUUUCCGGGUCUUUCGUUUGAGAAGAAAUGAAUCGUCAGUCUAAUUAACGUUUGGGGGUUAAUUUAAGACCAGUAGAUGGCCUUUUUGGCUCAAGGUUAGUUGCCUAAAGUCUUCUUCAACACACACUCACAUUUCUCUGAACCCUUGUUAGACUGCUAACAAUGAAUCGGUAAAUCUCUCUCUUAUGUGCACCUUUUUGUUCCGGAACAGCGUCUCCGAAGAAAAUUACCAGUCUCUUGGUAAUGAUUUUACCACUUGUUGUGUCCAUUUUAAGGUAGAAUUCUUGUUUGUUGUCUUGGAGUUGUGAAUUGGUAAACAACUGAUAGUGGUGAACCAGGUAUAACCCUAAUUAGAACAUAUUGUUGAAGUGUUAGGACAAGAAACAUUUUUUAGCUCACGAAUGUAGUUUUUACUAAAGUUUCAGAUACAAAAUUUAAAAUGUGAUAAUAUUUUUAUUAUAAAAUAAACAAUAUCCAAGAAAAUAUCUUGUUUUUAUUUAUUUAUAAUAGAAUAAUAAUAAUUUCAACCACCCAUUCCAUAAUUAAUAGUAUUGCCAAAAACAUUUUACUUUAGAAAAUUUAGAUUUUUUAACAAAUUUUGAUAUAUAAACAAAUUUGUAUGAAUUUAUACACAAAUUUUAAAUUAUUUCAUUAUUUACAACAAAAUCACAA